CAACAGCAGUAAUAGAAACAAGAACCAUGCAGCGUCUACGUACAACAUUCACGCGAUCGCGAACUCCGACGGGAGCUGAAAUGAAAAUGCAGAAUAGUCUCGAGGUGCCCAAGCAGGUGCGCUCCGCUUCCUUUGACGAGAUGCAGCUGGAGGCGCAGCGCGUGUCGGCGCAUCUGCUGAAGCAGCAAUCGUCCUCGUCGGCCGAGGAACGCAGCUCGGAGGGCGGCUACCUGCAGGUGCCACAGGCGGCGCAUGCUCAGCGCUCGCACAGCUUCGAUUCUGCAGCGGCGUCGGUGGGCAGCGACGAUUCGGGCGCCUUUCUCGAGGUGCCGCGUCGGCUAAAGACACGUCGCAGCUCAUCGACGAAGACGCCGCCGCCCUGCAUUCACUGCUACUAUGUGGAGCAAUAUGAGAAGCAGAUGAGCGCCGAGCAGCGUUACUUUAUCGAUCAUCGCGAGCUGACGACGCUCAGCUACAGCAACACCAGCUCCGAGGUGAGCGACGACGACGAUGAUGAUGAUGUCGAGGACAUUACCGAGGCGCUCGAGGAUGAUGACGAUGACGAGGAGGACGAAGAGGAGGCCGAGGCUGAAGCGGAGCCGGAUGAUGGCCGAACCGAUGGCCCUGGCGGCGAAGCUGAUGCCGAGGCGGAUGCCAGCGCUGGCGGAGAGCUGAUGGACGAUGAUGCGGCCGUCGAGAUGGACAUACGCAUGUCCAAUCUGAGCAUGGGCAGCAGCAUCGAGGAGUCACGGGCCCGCCUGCCACGGCAGAUGCGUCGCCACACCAUUGGCAGCUCGGUGACAACGUCCGAGGACGAGGGACUCGAGGGUUCUGAUCACGGUUCGCCGCACUUUGGCAACACGCUGUUGCCGCCGCAACCUGCAACGCCGUGUGGCAUCACCUUCACGCUGUCGCCGACCAACGGCGACUAUCCGCCGCUGCCCAGCUAUGCGUUCCCCAUCGAUCCCAGCUCUCCGCCUCUGACACCAAACUCGUCGCUAAUGCGCUCCAAUCUAGCGCUCGAGUUGCCCUCAUCCUCGGCCACCGGGCAACUGCAGCUGGGCGCCACAGCCGUGGCAGCAGCUGCUGCACUCACGCUGCCCGCCAUUGCCACCGGUGGCAGCGGUGGCAUCGGUGGCAGCGCUGCAAGCAGCGUCACCUGUGCCAGCGCCGAUGCCGAAGAUGCGGGCGCUGCGAUGGGCGUGCCGAUGCGGGCCAGACGUCGCUCAAUAUCGCGGCAGGAGGCCAUCUUCGUGGAGCCCACGGGCAAUUCGCUGGAGAAUGUGUCCCAUGAGGAGGUGGACAACAACAGUGGGGCGCACAAAUCAUCGAUGGACACCGCCGAUUCCCUAGAGGAAGCAUCCACCAUGGCCACCUGUGGCUCACCCAUGGCACAAGCAGCAAGUGGAGGAGGAAGUGGAGCUGGAAGUGCCACCGCUGCGGCACAUCAUGCUGCAUUUGUGGUGCGCGACAUUUACUUGACCGUGCCGGAUCUGAAGCGUGAUCGCGCCGCCUCGGUGGACUCCUGUUUCUCCAAGGUCUCCUCGGGUGGCAAAACCGAGGAGCUGCAGCCCUCCGGCGAUGGCUGCUUCCUGGCCGUGCCCAACAUCAAUGCGACGCGUUCCCGUUCCGUCGACAUUGUCCUGCCCACCGAUGAGCAGGCGCGCUACAAGGCGCUGGCGAUGACCGGCAGCGGUGGAGCAGCCGCUGGUCUCUAUGCAGCCGACGGACGCACGGCCUCGUCGAGCAAUGCGCGUAGACCGAUUCGCAUUGUGCCGGACUGGACAGAGAAUGCGGUGCAGGGCGAGCACUACUGGAAGCCCACCUCGGCCUCUGGUGAUCUCUGCUGCCUCAACGAGGAGUGCAUCAAGAGCGGACAGCGAAUGAAGUGCUCGGCAUGCCAGCUGAUUGCCCAUCAGAAUUGCAUUCCAAUUGUGAAUGAAAAGACUCAACUAGUGUGUAAGCCAACAUAUCGAGAUGUCGGGAUCAGGCAGUAUCGGGAGCAGACAACAACCCAUCAUCAUUGGGUGCAUCGCAAGUUGGAGAAGGGCAAGUGCAAGCAGUGUGGCAAGGCCGUGCAGAGUAAGCUCUUUGGCUCAAAGGAGAUUGUCGCCUUGUCCUGUGCCUGGUGCCAUGAGAUUUACCACAACAAGGAGUCGUGCUUCAAUCAGGCCAAGAUUGGCGAAGAGUGUCGCCUGGGUGACUAUGCGCCCAUCAUUGUGCCACCAUCGUGGAUUGUCAAGCUGCCCAACAAGGGCAACUUCAAGUCCUCGAUUCGUGUGAGCAACAAGAAUAGCGCUGCAGGCGGUGCUGGCGGCGGUGGUGGAGGCGGUGGCGGUGGCGGUGGUGGCGGCGGUGCUGGCGGCAAGAGCAAAAAGCAAUUGCAGAAACGCCAGAAGGGCAAGGAGGAGAAGAAGGAGCCGCGCGCAUUCAUUGUGAAGCCCAUUCCAUCGCCGGAUGUAAUACCGGUCAUUGUCUUUAUCAAUCCCAAGUCCGGUGGCAAUCAGGGCGUCAAGCUGCUCGGCAAGUUCCAGCAUCUGCUCAAUCCACGUCAGGUGUUUGAUCUGACACAAGGUGGUCCCAAAAUGGGACUUGACAUGUUCCGCAAGGCGCCGAAUUUACGUGUCUUGGCCUGCGGCGGCGACGGCACUGUUGGCUGGGUGCUCUCCGUCCUCGACCAGAUCCAUCCGCCGCUGCAGCCGGUGCCCGCUGUGGGCGUGCUGCCUCUUGGCACUGGCAACGAUCUCGCUCGCUCGCUGGGCUGGGGUGGGGGCUACACGGAUGAACCGAUUGGCAAGAUACUGCGCGAGAUUGGAAUGUCGCAGUGCGUGCUCAUGGAUCGCUGGCGAGUGCGAGUGACGCCCAACGAUGAUGUGACCGACGAUCAUGUGGAUCGCAGCAAACCGAAUGUCCCAUUGAAUGUGAUCAACAACUAUUUCAGCUUUGGCGUCGAUGCGCACAUCGCACUCGAAUUCCACGAGGCUCGCGAGGCGCAUCCGGAACGCUUCAAUUCGCGUCUCCGCAACAAGAUGUACUACGGCCAGAUGGGCGGCAAGGAUCUGAUACUGCGCCAAUAUCGCAACCUCUCCCAGUGGGUGACGCUCGAAUGCGAUGGCCAGGACUUCACCGGCAAGCUACGCGACGCUGGCUGUCAUGCCGUGCUCUUCCUAAACAUACCCAGUUAUAGCGGCGGCACGCAUCCCUGGAGCGAUUCGUUUGGCCAGACGAAACCGGCCAUCGAUGAUGGCCUCAUGGAGGUGGUCGGGUUGACCACCUACCAGCUGCCCAUGCUGCAGGCAGGCAUGCACGGCACCUGCAUCUGCCAGUGCCGCAAGGCGCGCAUCAUCACCAAACGCACCAUUCCCAUGCAGGUCGAUGGCGAGGCCUGCCGCGUCAAGCCCUCGAUCAUUGAGAUUGAGCUGCUCAAUCAGGCUCUGAUGUUGUCCAAGCGCAAGCACGGACGCGGCGAUGUCCAAAUCAAUCCGCUGGAGAAGCUGCAGCUGGCCAUACUGAGAGUGACAAUGCAGCAAUAUGAACAAUAUCACUACGACAAGGAAAUGCUGCGCAAGUUGGCCAACAAACUGGGACAAAUUGAGAUCGAGUCGCAGUGCGAUUUGGAGCAUGUGCGCAAUUUGUUGAAUGCCAAAUUCGAGGAGUCCAUCUCGUAUCCAAAGGUCUCGCAGGAUUGGUGUUUCAUCGAUUCCUGCACUGCUGAGCAUUAUUUUCGCAUUGAUCGCGCCCAGGAGCAUUUGCACUACAUCUGCGACAUUGCCAUCGAUGAGUUGUAUAUACUGGAUCAUGAGGCGGCCACGAUGCCACAGACACCGGACCAGGAGCGUUCCUUUGCGGCAUUCUCGCAGCGACAGGCGCAGAACGAGCGACGGCAAAUGGAUCAGGCGCAGGGACGCGGAAAUGGCAGCACGGAUGAGGACUUGCAAAUUGGCUCGAAGCCCAUUAAAGUGAUGAAGUGGAAGAGCAACAAAGAUCGUUUAUUCAGUUUUAACGAAGAUGUUUUUGGUUAUGGAUUCAGCCCUAUACUGGAGCAAACUUCCGAUGCCGUACUACUAGCAGCCCAGAGCGGCGAUCUCAAUAUGUUACGUGCACUACAUGAACAAGGAUACUCAUUACAAUCAGUGAACAAGAACGGGCAGACGGCGCUGCACUUUGCCUGCAAAUACAACCAUAAGGACAUUGUUAAAUAUAUCAUUUCAUGUGCCACGCGACGCGUCAUCAACAUGGCGGACAAGGAGUGCGGUCAGACAGCGCUGCAUAUUGCCGCUGAGCAGAAUCGCCGCGACAUUUGCGUGAUGCUUGUGGCAGCUGGCGCCAAUUUGCAGGCUCGCGAUGCCGGCGGCAACACGGCCAUGAUGGUGGCAUUCAACAAGAAUGCCAACGAGAUUGCAACAUAUUUGGAAAGUAAGCUGGUUGAACAACAACAACAACAUCAACAACAUCAACAUCAACAACAACAGCAGCUGGGUGUCGGCUGGUCCAAUUCCAAUUCCAAUUCGAAUUCUAAUUCAGAUUCCACAUCGCCGUCGGCCACCUCCAUGUAAAAACCCCCCGCAAAAGAGAAACACCAAAAUGAUUUUUUCAAUUGAUCCACUGUAGAGAUCUCGCUAGCUGUGCACAAACAACAACAACAACAUCCAUCAGAUUUUAAUAUAAUUAUAACAUAAAUAAUUAAUCGUAGUGAAGCCAACGCCCAAAAAAAAAAAAAAAAAAAACAAAAAACUAACAAAUGAAAUCAUCUGGCUGCUUCAAAUCCGUUUCCAUCUGGUAAUUAUCUAACUAAUCAGCGAAUUUCCUUCUUUUUUGCUCUCGCUCUCACGCCAAAUGGAAAUUGUCUCACAACAAAAAACAAAAACAAAAUACAAAAAUGUACAUUGUAAAUAAAACAACAAACCCAAUGCGAAUAACAACAUUCCAAUGCAAACGACAAAUGUGCAACAAAUGAAACAAACUGCUUCUUUCACCUAAGGUCAAGAGCGUUUCAUGCAUUUGGAGGUGCAAACCAGAAUUUAAAUGUUUAUCGAAUUAAUCAAAAUACACCACUAAAUGAAAAGCAAAAACAUAAAUCUCAAAAACCAAAUACGAAAAUGUUUUGCAAACAUUUCACUCCCGUUUCGCUUUUGAAAGUUUUCAUUUAUUGUUCAACAAAAAUUCAAAAGAAAAACAAAAUGAAAAAAACAAAAACUGAGUCCAGUUAGUUAUAUUGUCUAUAGUUUUUGGUCAGAUUUUGUUGGUAGCAAUUAAAGAGCGAAUGCAGACAUGCAUUAUAAAAAUUAAAAUAAAUAAUUACAAUUUUAAGAAUUACAAUUAAUUUAAUUGUUAAGCAACGAAUUCACAACAACACAACACAUUUAGGCGUUGGUCUUUUUGUUUUUAGCAACUAAGUGACAAUUCAUUUACUCAAUUCAUAAGCAAGAAAACAAAAACCAAAAAUACAGAAAGCAAACAAGAACAAAAUGCAAAUUUCCACUCACGUAUAUAAAACACACACACAUACACACACACACACACACCUAAGAAAAGUGUGUGUUAAACUAUUGUUUUGAAUUCUUUGGCAAACAAAAUUAAAAGAUGAUUAUAUUGUGAUAUCUAAAUUUAAUUGUACUAAAAUCUACAACUAAAAAAAAAACUAAAUAAGAACGCAUUCUAAUUAUACUGAUAAUAAUAUUAAUAAUAAUAAUAAUAAAAUGCAAGCAACUUAUCAAUUUGUUGGACUGGAGAGAAAGUGCAAGAGAAAGCAAACCGAGGCCCACGAGGCGUAUGAUUGAUGUUGAUAUUAGCCAAGACAUUUUUUGCUGUAUAUACUACGAAGUAUGAGAGAAUAUUGAUAAACCACAACAAUAACAGCAAGUUCUAAAUAUUUAUUCACACUCACACACGUAUAAAUUAUAUAGUAGCACACACACAUACACAUAAGUAUAUAUACAUAUGGUUUUUUUUUUUUUUUUUUGUGAAAAUUUCGAUUAAGAGAAAUAAAUGUAAAAAACUGUUGUAAAUUGCAAUACAAGCCAAAAGAAAAGCAGCGCAGCAGCAGCAAGCGGCAGAAAAGAUAAUGAAUAUUCUAACUGGACAGCAUAAUGUAUUUCACACACACACACACACACACGGCACACUCUUGGCACACACACAGUCCCAUGCGCACACUCUGAUCUAAGCUAUGCACAACCCAGAAAAAGUUCCGUAUUUUCAAGUCUUCGGUUCUCUGGUUAACUCUCCCAUCUCUCACUAUCUUCCUCGAUCCCCUCCUCUCUAUAUAUCUACUAGCUCUUUAACGCACUCUCAAUGUGUUUCAAAUUGAAUUAAAGACUUUCACAGAGACUUAAGCGCCCGUCCUCACCCGCCCAACCCUCAAUAAACAAACAACCAACAAGCAACAACCGAUAAGAACAAGAACAAGUGAAGUGAAAACUAUAUACUUACUUAGUGUAGACUCUAGAAGGUACUAUAUACAUAUAUAUACAUAUAUACUUGUAAAGACUAUUGGAAACUCUAAACGACUUUAAAACACAACAACAAUAACAACAACAAAAAAGAACAACAACAACAACAACUACUACCACAGCAACAAGAAUUACGACUACAACAGGAAUAUAUAGAGAAUAUGAAAAUAAUCUUAACAAACAAAGAUAUAUACAUACAUAUAUUUAUGUGUGUGUAUAUAGUUAAAGAUAAGAAUAAACUAUCUACUACAUAUAUGAAUAUAUAUAUUUUAUCAAGAAACCAAAAUCAAACACAGAUUAAUAUUGUAGUUGAUUAAGUGCUAAAUUAAUUACGCGUAAUCUCGGUAUUAUUCAACAACAAAUGCAUAUGUAUAUGUGUUGUUUUACUUGUAUGUGUACGUAUGUGUAGAAUAGUUCAAUUUUUUGCAUUAGAUUCGUUCAUUGUCCCCCUCUCUCUCUCUCUCUCUCUCUCUCUCUGUCUGUCUCACUCUCCGAUUCUAAGUUCGAAUGUGAAAAUGCGCUAAAAGUCAAUUACGUUUUAAAAAAAAUUUCCAAUAUUCGGUUCUAAGCAAAUACGAAGUAUGCAAUAAAGAAAAUGGCAAAACAGAAAAGAAAAUCUCACUAUUGAACAUAAGUCAUAACGUAAUUAACUAUUUAGUGAGCAUCCUUACACAACGACAACCACACAGACAACACACUACACAAAGCUCUGAACUAAAUGUAAUUGUAAGUGUAAUUGUAAUUGUAAUUAAUUAAGUGUAAUUAGCGGCCAAAACUCGACUGAACUGCGAUUGGCCCUUGGCUCUUGGCUCGAGCAUUUUAAUCGGGCUGCGAUGAUCACUCGAGUUUUGAGACACUUUUCGAUUAACUACGAAGAUUUGUUAAGCAAAGAAAAUUAUGUUUUGGAUUUCGCGUAUGUAAAGGAAAGAAUGUAACACAAUGCAGAAGAAGAAGCAAGUCCGAGGCGAUUGCGGGGAGAGCACGAUUUGUGGCAGAGCUUUUGGGGGCACACAGCUAAAUGCCCCGCAAACGUGCACCCAAAGCAGCUGCCACAAUUUGCAUCAAUGUGAUCGCCUCAGCAACGUAUGAAGCAGUAAUAGUAAUCGAUAAUCGAAGUAGAAGAAGAUUUAUUGAAGAAGCUGCAAGUCUUAUUUAGCAAAUGACAAUCUAGUGAAUUUAGCAAAGAACAAAAUGCGUUUGCUAAACAAAGUACAACUAAUAAUAAAUAACAAGCAAAAAAGGAAAUCUAAUAAUAUUUAUUAAUAAGCAACUAUUCCCGCAUUACUAUCGCUUAACUAUCGAUUAAAAAACACAACACAACUGAAACAAAAUCUAUCUCUAAAUUGAAAUUGUAGUUUGAGGAAUUAUUGAAAUGAACAAGUGAAAUCAAAAUGAGUGGCAACGAUUGAUUGAUUGACGAUUGACGAUUGACAAAACUGAAACAAAUAAAGAAAUAAAUUACUAUGACAGUGUUGUUAGUACUAAGAGGAAAGGUACUAAAUACCGUCGGGAGAACGAACGAACGAACAAAGAAAGAAACAAACAUAGAA